AUGAAAAAGGCACACAGGGUACUCGCGAGAGAGUGCCCACACGCAGCCCUGUUUCUCAUGAUGAUGUGGUGCAGCGCGGCGAGGGCAGGCGACAUCGGAUCCCUCCACGCGGCGGAUGUGCGCGUCGAACCGGUGACGGGGGGUGCGAAGAACAUGGCACGCCUGACGAUGACGAUGCGGUACGGCAAAGGGGCCAGAUUUCGCGGCACGUAUCCGGUAGGGGCUGUGAUACCACGCGAGGACGCGUCUUUUCUGCGGCACCUCUUGUGUCAGCGUCUACCACAUCAGAGGUUGUUCCAGGACGUCACGGAACUGAGGAACAGGGUGCGCCAGGCACUGCGGAGCGAGAACCCGCUAUCCGCCCUUCCAUCGGUACGGAAAGGAGCAACGCGACACCUGGCAGCACAAGGGAUGUCGGAGGAACACCUCAUGCGCAUGACGGGGCACACCGGCAUCGACACCCUGCGACGGUAUCUGGGUUAUGGCCUCCAAAUGACACGGGAGGCAGAACACGCACAGGACAACGCCGCCCGUGCCCUCCUCGAGCGGAGUUCUUAG